UUCCCAAGAACUAUUUCCCAAGAUGCUAGUGACCUGCUUGAACGUCUGCUACAUAAGAACCCAGGGAUGCGCUUGGGAAGUGGACCAGGUGAUGUGAGAGAGAUCCAGUCACACCACUUCUAUGAAGCUAUCAAUUGGAAAAAUGUCGAGGAAAAGAAGGUAACACCUCCAUUUAAACCUCAAGUAGCAGGCGAGACUGAUACCAGUAACUUUAAUAGGGACUUCACCGGAGAGCUUGUGCACCUGACUCCACCUGAUCACAAGUAUUACCCCGGUGUUACAGUUGAAGACUCUGAGUCCCUGACUUUCAACAAAUUUUCUUAUCAAGACCUUUCGUCAAAUCUUGGCAGCUCAACAACAUCAAGUCUGCAUUCUCUAGGUUUUGCUGAGAAAGGCUGAAAAUUAAUUUACUAACAAAUGAACUUUUUGAAUUUAAUGUAAAAAUGUAUAUUUCAGCACUUCAAACCCACUGUACGCGUACAGUGAGAUACUAGAUGAAGUAUAUAGUCUAGUUACAGGGUGAUUCUUGUUAUUAUUUAAAAUUUCCAUUAUUAAAAUUUCGUUCUUUUGUACUGCUGUUAAUUGUUGAUAAAUUCAGUUAAUACAUUAUAUUUAGUAUUUUAUUAGCUGCAGAUUUUUUUUCUUUUUCUUACAGAUAAUCUUUUUUAAGCUAUAUUAUUCAUCAUUUAGUUUCUUUUGUACAUAUCACUUGGUUUAGCUUUCAUUUAUAAAAAGUAAUAUACCUGCUCCACCUGGAAGUUCCAGUGGUAAGUCCACGAGAAUAAUAUAAUAAUAAUAAUAAUAAUCUUUAUUUACUACAAGUACAUGUACAUGGUAUAGUCCUAGCUGACAACAAUGACAUACUACUACAUAGAAAGCCACUUGUUAUGCUGAGCAUCUCGGGCAAAUUAGGUCAGUGUCCCAGGAUGCGACCCACACCAGUCGACUAACACCCAGGUACCCAUUUUACUGAUGGGUGAACAUAGACAACAGGUGGAAAGAAACACGUCCAAUGUUUCUACUCUGGCUGGAAGGUGAGAGUGAUGCAACAAGACAUUGUUAUGACAUUUAUAAGACCUGAAAAGUCUGACAGAUUCAUAGGUAAUGUGACAUUGAAUGAUAUAAUGGAAGACAUUGUUAGUUGUGACCUAUCCAAAGACAUCCAGUGUAAGGAGGAUAAUGUUAAUUGUAAUGGAGGUGCUAAAAUGUUAAAUCUUAGUAGAGGUCUAAAAUAUUCUAGUCCUAAUCGUGGUACUAAUAUAUAUUACAAUAACUCUGUUUUGUAUUCUUCACUUAUACUAGAGUAAUGUGUUUGUUUUAAUUUACCGAUAUUUAUCCUAGUUUUAUUUUUCAAUUCUUAUUGAUAUACAGCCUUGAUUUGUAAAUAUUGCUUAAUUAUGUUAUCAAUUUAUUAGUUUAUUUUUGCACAAUUCCCGUGAGUAAACUUUUUUACUGCCUCUUUGCAUCAACCUGAAAUUUUGAACAUUUGCACAUCACACAACAUUGUUACCAAGAUUGCAACAUGAGAAGCUCGACUAUUAAUUAGAAAAAAAUAAUGGAACUGUGUAGAUGAUCAGAAGUUAAGAGCAUUGUACUAUUUUGUUAGAUGUUUUAUCUUGUUUAAUAUAUCACAUCACUGAGUAUUUUGAUGCCAUACAUAAGAAAGAAGGAACACUGCAACAGGCCUACUGGUCUAUGCGAGGCAUGUCCAAUUCUCCCAUCGGCUUAAUUAAGCCAAUGCCUUGACCUAAAUCCAAGGCCUUUAAUUCAAAGAAACAUAAUGGGACGCAGGUUCUUGUUGCUGUACUUAUUCAAUAAAGAAAAAACGCUGUUCUUGACAGUUUUCUUUCAUAACAGAAUAAACCCGCCUCUCUCACACACAACAAACUAUGAAUUUUAUAAAAAAAAAAGUUUGGGAGGAAAAAAAAAAGUAUAUAAUUGAGAAAAUUACUUUCAUACCUGUACAGUUAAAGAAUGAUAGAAAAAUAUUAUACUGGCUGGGUAAUAACAAUACUACAAUGAUAAACAUUUAUACAUCACAAUUAUUUAAUUGUAUGUCUAUAAUCAUCCACUAUGUUUAUAAAUUCCUUUUGGGUUUAGUGCUUAGUUAUGAUUAUAAUAAUUACUAUGCUUAUAAGUGGUUCUAUUUUAUUUUCAAUAUCGUUAUUUCCAAAUGAAGGAAAGACCCAGAUAGAAAAAGACCAUUUUCUUCUUUUAUCUUUAAUGACUGAUAAGAGAGAACGUUAUCAACCCCAUGUGUCUGGCAUUUUAGUUGUCCUCUUGACCUGCACUGACCUCUGCAACUAGAAACAUAACUAUUAAGGAAUACAAAGGAAAAAAAUUGUAUACUGAAUGUAAGUGGAAGUUUGUUACUCAAGAAAUCAAAACAGGAUUGUAAACCAAUCAGCGAACGGUUGGUGUUUGAACCCAUGACGAGUGAGUUAUAAAACCCGCCAAGCUGACUCUAAUAAUCAUCUAACUAGGUAUAUUUCUAUAUACCAUAGGGAGGUUAGCAUGCGCCUCACUGCGGCAAUAAAUAUAUGGGUUCGAGCUCCAUCCAUACCGUACUUUGUUCACAAUCUUUUUAUUACGAUUUCGUGAGUUAUGAUAGGUACUUUGAAGAAACUUGAGCUAGAGCUCAUAAGGGCUCGAUACUGGAUGUGGUUUUCCCUUGUUUUUCGGAUAUGAAGAUAAAUAUUUGAGAUUCCUUUCAAUUUCAUUUAUAGCUUUUAGCUCUCGUCUCUCCUGGGAACUGUUUGAUUCAUUUAACAUCAAUAUGUUCCAUUUCUCUAAUAAGUCUCAUUACAGAUUUCAGAUGGUUUUAGCCCAUUUAAAAAGCUCUGUAGAGGGAGAAUAUCUCUAUUUUACAUCUUCAAUUAUUUUUCCUUAUUCGAACGUGCAUUGAACAUACUUCAUUUGCCACAGAGUUGAUUUUAGACACUUGGUUCCAUGUCAUUUAGGACAUCUUUCCAGCAUUUUUCAACAAGACGAUUUAUUUAAUGCCAGUCGAUAUUCUUGAAGUUAAAUUUGGAGAAGGGAUCUUCAUAACUAUUUGUAUUUUGCUGGUCAGGUCCCUUGUGUAAACAAUUGUGAACUUCUAUUAAAUUGUCAUGUAAAUUGUCUUCGUUUCUGUUACAUUUCGUACCAGGUCAUCACUGUUUUGAAAAUAAGGUCAGGUGCAUUUUCCAGUCUCGUCAGCUUCACAAAUUGCUGACUUAGUGUAUUUAUUAGAGAUUCAGCAGGUCAUUUGUGUUAAAAUUUUCAUCUGUGCUGCCUCUUGGGGUCAUCACUGCUAUAACAUUAUCCCCAACGUUUUUCCUCUUUAAAUGUAUUAAAAUGAAAUCGUCAAGCAGCAAGAUGUUUAGGGCUGGAGCUGGAGGACUUUCUAGACAGUUAUCAGUUAUUAAUAGCGACUUAUAUUGGUUCAGUCUUAACUGUCAAAACUUCAGCUACAGCUCUGUUCCACAAGGCACAGUACUUGCUCCCAGCCUGUUCUUCAUCCUCAUAUCCGACAUAGAAUUGUAAGCCACAACCCCGUUUCUUGCUUUGCGGAUGACACCCUAAUUUGCAUUACUGUCAUCCAUCGAAGACCCUGCACGUCUCCAAGUGGACAUCAACCAAAUCUUUAAAUGGGCCACAGAAAACAAUCU